CUGCGCCUCAUCUACCAAUCGCAGACACAUGCAUACGACCUCGCAAGCUUCGCAGCGCUGCGAGGGUUAUGGAAGAGGCCGAUGCACCAACCCAUCGCCGGCGGAGCGGAUCAGUAGCGCAUAUUCUACGGACGCACGAAGUAAAAACAGGACAGCGCAAUGGUCCGUAUGCUAAGACCAUCAGGGAAGCGCCUUCUGGAGGAGUGGAAUCGGACGUUGAUAUGGACGAGUUAGAGUCCUUCAACGACGACGCGGCGGGGCCGGAGGAUGACGAGGUGACAGGACUCACACACAUGCACCGGAAACACAAACGGCGGCGACGAAGGGGCCACGACACGCUCGAUGGUCCAAGUAGCGACAACCAAAAUGCUGCCGAACAGAGGCUGGCGACCGCAGCACUGAUGCGCGACAUGAUGAUCAACGGCUUCCUCAUCGCGCUGUGGUACACCUUCAGCAUCUCCAUAUCCGUCUACAACAAAUGGAUGUUCUCAAAAGAGAACCUCGACUUCCACUUCCCGCUCUUCACGACCGCAAUCCACAUGCUCGUGCAGUUCAGCCUCGCUUCAUCUGUUCUAUACAUUUUCCCACAGUUCCGGCCACGACCUGCUGCCAUGCCGUUCACGGAGGACGCAGAAAGCGACGGCGCACCACCACCUACGAAACGGCCGCUCAUGACGCGAACGUUCUAUCUUACCCGCAUCGCCCCAUGCGGCACCGCCACCGCUCUGGACAUAGGCCUCGGAAACUUCUCCCUCCGCUUCAUCACACUCAGCUUCUACACCAUGUGCAAGUCAUCCGUGCUUGCUUUCGUGCUACUCUUCGCCUUCCUUUUCCGACUGGAAACGCCCACUUGGCGCCUUUGCGCUAUCAUUGCCGUCAUGACGGCGGGCGUCAUCAUGAUGGUUGCCGGCGAGGCAGCUUUCUCAAUCGCAGGUUUCUUGCUCGUGAUGAGCGCGAGCUGCUGCUCCGGGUUUCGGUGGAGUUUAACGCAGAUAUUGCUGCUGAGGAAUAGUGCGACGGGCAAUCCGUUUAGCAGUAUAUUCUUCCUGACUCCGGUCAUGUUCGUGGCGCUUUUUAUCCUCGCACUACCCAUCGAGGGUCCGUUCAAAGUUAUUGCAGGCUUUCAAGCCCUGGGCGCAGAGAAAGGCUGGUCCUACAGCACCAUCCUACUGCUAUUCCCUGGCUUCUUAGCCUUCAUGAUGGUCGCCGCGGAAUUUGCCCUCCUCAAGCGCACCUCAGUGGUCACGCUAAGUGUCUGCGGGAUCUUCAAGGAGGUCUUAACCAUCAGCGCCGCAGCAUUCGCUUUCGGAGACGCGCUAUCGCCCGUCAACCUGUCCGGGUUGUGCGUCACCAUCGCCUCGAUAGCGGCUUAUAAUUACUUCAAGUACAGUGCGAUGGCGAGAGAUGCGAAGCAGGAGGCGCACGAGAUGCUCAAGGAUGAUAUCGAGGUUGCGCCCUUCCGCGGCGCAACAGAGUUGGAUGACGAUACGGCGCAGUACGAGGAAGCUACGCAGCAGGGCGAACCCAAUAAGACGCUUGCGUUGAUGCGAGAUAGCUUGAGUUUGACGACCGAUACAGAUGGCCUUCUCAGCAAGCAUUUGGGAAAUGGUACUGUGGCGAGUGGACAUGUACCUGGCACGCCGGUCAAAAGGCCGCAUGAUGUAGAAUAACUCGCAUAUUGUGCCAUGAGCCGUCUGCCACAGCAAUAUUGCUGGUCGCGCCCCAGGAAGAAAGGCUGCUAUGGCAGUCGCAAUCGCGCAAUGCGCCCAGACUGCGCUGUUGGCAUUUUCAAGGCGUACGCCCACUUCCGUGCUCUCCUUUAACAGCUUACUCGCGUUUCGCGUUAGCUGAGAGGCAUCUACCAGCCACAAUCAAUGGCCAUGCUGUUCGCGCCCGUAGCGACUGGGUUCUACUCAGCCGUGUCGAGGUCAUCGUGAGCUGCUGGCACUUCCUCGCGGUC